UCCUACUAAAACAAAUGUUUCUUGGAUUUGCAAUGGAAAAUGCAGUAACGUCCUUCAGUGCACAAAACAAAAGUGUUCUGUGCAGAGCACUGUCUUUCCUCUGCACAGAUCAUUAGCUGACUAUUUAAGUUCAAUGGUAUUGAAGUGAUGUGUAUGUAGGAUUGAUCUUGUACAGUUUCAGCAGAAAGGUGUUCACCUCUGAGCUACUGCACUCGGUUUUCCAUGUUAGUUGUAUUAUGGGCAAGCACUCCUUUCUUCUGGUAUCUUGUGUGACUCAGAGAAGAAGUGCCAUGAGGAGCAGCUGAGGGAGCUGGGGGUGUUUAGCCUGGAGAAAAGGAGGCUUGGGGGGGAACCUUAUCACUCUCUACAACUGCCUGAAAGGAGAUUGUAAACAGCAGGGGAUUGGCCUCCUCUCAGGCAACCAGUGACAAGACAAGAUGGAAUGGCCUCAGGCUGCGCCAGGGGAAGUUCAGGUUGGACAUGAGGAAGAAUUUGUUCAUGGAAAGUUUCUGAUUACAGGUGGGAGUCUAGAAGACAGUAAAGAUGCAUUGCAGCUGGCACAGACAAAUGACAUGUUUUACAGUACAGUUGGCUGUCAUCCUACCCGCUGUGGAGAAUUUGAGCAGAGUAGCCCCGAACAGUAUUUAUCUGAAUUAAAAAAUCUGAUUGAAAAGAAUAAGACAAAGGUAGUAGCAGUUGGAGAAUGUGGCUUAGAUUUCGAUAGAUUAGAAUUUUGCCCAAAGGACAUCCAACUCAAGUAUUUUGAAAAGCAGUUUGACUUGUCAGAACAGAUGCAACUGCCCAUGUUUCUCCACUGUAGAAACUCACAUUCUGAAUUUUUAGAGAUAAUGAGAAGAAACCGAGAUAGAUUUGUAGGAGGGGUGGUACAUUCUUUUGAUGGCACAAAGGAACAAGCGGCAGCUCUGAUAGAUUUGGAUCUUUAUAUUGGAAUAAAUGGCUGUUCACUGAAAACAGAAGCCAACUUGGAAACACUGAAAUCGAUUCCUAGUGAGCGAUUAAUGAUAGAGACUGAUGCGCCUUGGUGUGGAGUGAAAAAUACUCACGCUGGAUCUAAAUACAUUAAAACGACGUUUCCUACAAAAAAGAAAUGGGAGAAAGGGCACUGCUUGAAGGACAGAAAUGAACCCUGCCAUAUAAUACAAAUACUGGAAAUAAUGGCAGCAGUAAGAGAAGAUGACCCGCUUGAGUUGGCCAACACUCUAUAUAACAACACUAUUAAAGUCUUCUUUCCAAAUAUAUAAAGUUGUUUUUCUUACAUUUAUUCAGCAUAACUUCAGUAAAUAUACUGCAAAAACUUAAAAAUCAUCGUACCUGCAAAUCCUAAUCCAUGGAAGCCAAUAUGUAGUGGUUUUUGGUUUUUUUAUGGUACAAGAUUAAAGCUGCUUUUAAAAAGG